GGCGAUAAUGAGGUUCUCGGUAAAGAUAAACUCAAGAUUAUUGAAUCUGUCAAAUAGUUGAAUUAAAAGUUAUCCUGCGAGGAAUGUACCAUUUAGAAAAGUAGAACUAAUUGUCUAGACUAUGCAUAUGAUUUUACUAAUCGAACUAUUUUAUUUCGCCGUUUGGUUGCCCGGUAACUGACACAAGCCCAAACCGGAUAGAAACCCGGAAGGCGCAUUAUGUUUUCCUUUCAUUGAAUCAACCGAGGCAGUGAUCAAAUCGAGAUGCUCAAGUAACAUUUACAUGGAAACUAAGAGUUGUCUACAUGUGGGCUAUAACACUUCUCUGCCCAGUGUGUGAGUUGGCGCCGGUGAUACUGUCAACAUGAAAUCCAGUGGUGCUGCUCUGUUCACAAGGAAGAAUCCCUUCCCGUCAGACCCACCUCUGGGAAAAACACAUUACAACCCCUCACGCACCAAGAAGCUUCCAAAGCAACAGAGGAAAACCACCCUGAGCCCUGUUCGCCUUGCCCAGCUGUCCAGCCCUCCUCACCAGACACACACACUGAGCCCAGAGGACCAGUGCUUCCUUGGGGCAGCCAACCACUUUGUCCUCUGUCCUCCUCCUGCCACAGAGGCCCAGCCUAGUUUCUUAGAGUCCUGGCCCUCCACUGACCUUGGGUCCUCCCCGGCCAACACUGCCGCCUCCCCGAACAGAGACACACUGACACGGGACCCAACAUCGGGAAAGUCCCUGGUCUCCACUGGGGGAGGAGAGCAGGAAGAUUCAGUGUUGGCAAAGUACAUUGAACGCUUUCGUCACGGAAGGCCACAGAGUCGAGAGGAGCGUCAGCAGAUGUCGGCAAUGGUGGGAGAGGGCCAGCAGCCUUUCUGGUGGCUGUCCUCCUCCCCUCUACCCUCCAGUUCUACACCCACUCAAACCACUGACAUAGGCCUUUCCCUUAAAGACUCAGCCACCACCCUCAGUCCAGUUGGGCAGUUUUGGCAUGGCACCACCCUCUCCCCAUGCAGGGGACUCCUUGAUCUUAGUGCCAUGGGCCUGUCAGACUCCUCUCACGGUGACCUUGGAGACUCAGAGAUACUGCAUCUACAGGAGAAGGCCAGUAGACUGCUACACAGAAGUGAGCACUCACUCAGUAGUGGAUCUAUUCCCAUCAGCUCUGAGGGCCUGGGCUGCUCCAAUUUUUCCUCCCCUGUGAGCAUAGAUGAGCCAGUCCGAAGGCCUAUAGUUACCAGUCUUAUCGACUCAACCACUGGUGAGCCAUGGGGGUUGGGAAGUUCAAAACGUCUGAUUUGCAUGAAUUUCCCUUGUCUCAACCACAUAUUGCUUUUUCAAACUCCCAGAGCCACUCUUAUUCUGUGCUCUUGCCACGUCCCUCAUUUCUCAUGGUCACGAUUUAGUUUCCUUUUGCAACUUUCUUUAUUCUCACUUUAUCUGAAUACACAUAUUGCAAUAACUCUUCUUGUGCAACCGCUUCCUCAAGUUGUGGGGAACCUAGGCUCAGCAGACCUCUAUGCUGGAACCGCGCCCAAACCGUCUGUGGUUGGUCCCCCGGACCCCCGCACAUGCCCAGAGGAGGACAUCCUGUUUCAGUGGCGUCUGAGGAGAAAGAUGGAGCAGGCCAGUCAGUGGGUUCAGUCAAACCCACAGCAGGGUUACACCCUUCAUCAGCAUGCUGUCAGCUGUCAGGCUCACAAGGUACAGUGGAAUCCUCUCUCUGCUUAUUCCUCUCAUAGAGUUGCCCCCUCCCUCCCCAUCUCCAGCCCCACCAUCUCUAAGUUGCAGCCGGAUGCCCCGGUCCGUCCCCACAUGCACCUCCUCUGUGACAUCCUUCCUUGUACGGCUCAACCCCACUCCCCUCCACCGAGCCACCAGAGGAGCCCAAAGAGGAGUGGGGUCUCUGGGGCCGACCGGACCGUCAGGCAGCCCAAAGCCCAGUUCAGCUCCACAGACACGUCCACUGAGGAGCCCACUAGUAAACAUGAGUCCUCUCCACCACCACCCGCCUUGUCUGAGACCACAGAGGAAGAGUGGGCAGUUCAACAGAGAAGAACCGAGAGGACAAAAAAGGAGACACUUCAGAAGGAGAGGAGUGAGAAGCGGACAGGGCCGUCCUGCAGAAAGAAGAAAUCAGCCAGGUGUCACGUUGGUGACAGGGACCAUGCUGAGAGGCCCAGCUAUGCAGAUUGGAGUGUGAGCCAACACCACACCAGAGGUAAAGACAGGGUCAUCCCAUGGAGGGAGGAGCCCAGCAGAGACUGGGGGCAACAGGAAAGGGGGCCGGGGGUAGUGAGAGAGGGCUGCCCUGGAGAUCGUGCUCCACCACCCUCUCCCAUACACAGCGCCCUGGGACAGGUAGUUUCAGAGGUACUGUUCCUGACCACGGACUCUCCGGACCCGCCCAGAACCCCUGUGUCCUCUGACUCUCCCAGAUACAUGCCCCCACAGUCCCCCGCCCCGCCUCCCAGUGCACAGCAGCCCCGGGAGGUCGUAGCUCAGCUGCUGCAGGAGGCUGAAGAUUCAGACGAGCAGGAGUUUAAAGAUGACCCCUUACUGAAGGUCUUAAGGCAGCAGAGGAAGUGGGUGAAGGAGCAAAUCGGAGAGGUAGACUCGCUGUUGGAUGAAUUCGAGGAAGAGUGAGCACUGGUGGUGUGCACACAGGGAACAAAAACAACCAAUUCAACAGACUUAUUUUAUUUUUGUACAGCAAUAUAUAGUGCAUUUAUUUUUAACAUUCUCUUCUUACAAUAAAUAGUUUGAAAAUAUA